AUUACCUUAAUCUCUGCCAAAGCGCUCUCUGCCUUGCUCAACCGACCACGCAUCAAGGCGGGACAGCGCAUCAAGCUCGUCCAGGUCACAGGCUCUUCGGUGAUAUCAGGGUAUGUCAAUCUCGACCUGUACUUCCACACACCUGAGGGACCAGUCAAAAUCGACGUCGAGGCUUAUGUAGUGCGC